AGUGGCAGCCACGACGCUGCCGCUAGUCGAGGCAUUAGUCGCGGAAGCUUCGUCGCGUUGAGACACGCGCACAGUCUACCUGCGCGCUGGGCCGUCCAUCUCUCGCUGAGCAUGUGUAAUAUGUUCGCUCGUUGAAUAUUAUUAGGCUAUACGCGUUAAUUCUCGACGUCGGCCACGCCGCACUCGACGUCUGCCCGCAGCUGCAGCUCGAUACAUCGAGUGCAUCGCUCCGAAAUAUCUAUUUUUUACCCCCUGCAUCAGCAGCGACAGACCGGGCGUUAUUACGGCAGUCUGCAGCGAUUGCGCAACGCGAGGACGACCCCACGUUUUGGCGGCUUGGUCGCACGUGCUCCUGCGUCUCGGCUCGUCGGCUGGACUUUCUUACGGUAGCAGAGCCAGCGCGCAGCGAGGCGAUUGCGGCGCAUCGGGAAGCUGCAUCGUCUAGCCGUCAGUGCAAGCUUGCGACUAUAUGAUCAAAGAUGCCGAAGAAAGUGGUGCCGUGCAAUCGCGAGCGAGCGAAAGCCAUUCUGCAUGGCGAGGAUGCGCCGAUCCCGGUGGAGGCCGCUAACAACAAGCCCGCCCAGUCCGACAGCAGCUCGGACUCGGGCGUCCAGCUGAAGAAGCAGAUCGGCCUGAUCGACGGUGUGGCCAUAAUCGUCGGCAUCAUCGUCGGCGCCGGGAUAUUCGUCUCGCCCAAAGGUGUGCUCAAGAGCAGUGGCAGCGUCGGCCAGGCGCUCAUCGUUUGGAUCUUCUCGGGAUUUCUCUCGCUCGUCGGGGCGCUCUGCUACGCGGAGCUUGGCACGAUGAUACCGAAAUCCGGAGGCGAUUACGCGUACAUCAGCGACGCGUUUGGACCGCUUCCGGCAUUCCUCUACCUGUGGGUGGCUCUGUUCAUCUUGGUGCCGACCGGGAACGCGAUAACCGCCAUCACCUUUGCCCAGUACAUACUGCAGCCGCUGUGGACCGGUUGCGAGCCGCCCUACGAAGCCAUUCGCCUUCUGGCCGCGGUCGUCACGUGCUUCUUGACGGCCAUCAACUGCUACAACGUUAAAUGGGCCACGAGGGUACAGGAUGCUUUCACGGGGACGAAAAUAUUUGCUCUGGUCAUAAUUGUGCUCGCGGGCUUGUACUGGCUGUGCCUCGGUAAUACGGAAAACUUACAGCACCCGAUGGCCGGAAGCAACAGCGAGCCCGGCUACGUCGCGCUCGCCGUCUAUUCCGGUCUAUUUUCGUAUUCCGGCUGGAAUUACUUGAAUUUCGUUACCGAAGAGCUUCAGGAGCCUUACAGAAAUCUUCCGCGAGCGAUCUGUAUCUCAAUGCCGCUCAUCACUGUGGUUUACGUGCUCGCCAACGUCGCCUAUUUCGUCGUAUUGACCCGAGAUGAGAUACUUGCGUCCAAUGCUGUCGCAGUCACUUUUGGAGACAAGUUGCUCGGACCGAUGUCCUGGAUAAUCCCGUUUUUCGUGGCCUGCUCGACUUUCGGCGCUCUCAACGGUGCCAUUUUCGCCAGCUCGCGGCUUUUCUUCGUGGGAGCGCGCAACGGACAUCUGCCCACUGCCCUAUCGCUCAUCAACGUCCAAAACUUGACGCCAAUGCCUUCCCUCAUUUUUCUAUGCAUCAUCACGCUCGUAUUGUUGUUCAUCAAAGACGUCUACACUUUGAUAAAUUACGUCAGUUUCGUUGAGGCACUCUUCACUACGAUGUCAAUCACGGGCCUUCUGUGGUUGCGAUACAAAAGACCGGAUCUCCAUAGGCCUAUAAAAGUACCGUUAGCACUGCCCAUUAUUUUCUUCAUUAUCUGUGCCUUCCUAGUGACUUUGCCGUGCUAUGUCACACCCUGGGAAGUAGGAGUGGGAAUAGCAUUUGUACUCUGUGGUAUUCCAGUUUAUUGGGUCUUCAUAUACUGGCCCAAAAAGCCCAAAUGGCUGAUAUCCGCUUCUGACAAGUUCAACAUGUUAUGCGCCAAGAUAUUCUUAUGUGUCCAAGAGGACAAGCACGAUUAAAAGAAAUCGCAUAACGCGCAUAGAAGCGGCACACUACAUUCGAAACUUAUGUAGCCACAUAAAAGAGGAACGACGCAACAAAACCAAUGCAUAAUAAUAUAUAGGUAUUGCGAUCAUCACCAAGUGCCCGUUAUACAUCUAGAUUGACACUUUUCUAAUCAUAUACAUGAGCUCAAUUCCGUAAUUUUUUAACCAGCAACGUUGUAUGCAGCUUCGUCGUCUAUUUUUUAAAAGACAAUUUUAGACUAGCUAUAAAAUUGCGUUGACGGAUUGGAUGCUUGUUUAUACGAGAGAAACUCGCGAUUUGUUGCCAAAUUCUUCACUCUCUGUUGAGCAAUAACAGUGGAAACGCAUACUUGGUUUUCCCUUAAAAACAUUAAGAGAUUGGCUAGCAAUAAAUUCAUUACUAUACUUCAGAUUAGCCAAUGUUUUUUAAGUUAUAAUGAAUUUUUAUAGGUGGCUUCUUAUAGAAAAAUGCAUAUUCACCAUCAAUACUGUGCAUCCAGGAGAUGUUUAAUCAUUUAAUGAUGAUGAAUUUUAAACUAUCCUUUACAAAUAUACACUGUACAUAAGAAAACAAGAAAAAAUUAAUGACUAUUACGUUUAUAAUAUAUUUUUUAUUUCAAUUUUGCAAUAUUUUUAUAGAAUGCUUGUAAAAACAAUUAGAAUCAUAUAUUAGUGCACGUUUUAACAAUGUUUUAGACGUACUCAUUAUUUCACUUAUUUACUUUAUUUUUUUUAGUUUUUAGUAGAUUUAUAUUACUAUUCAAGUUUUGAAACCUUCAUUCAUACACUAUAACAAUGCAAAAAAUCAUUACUACGUCAGCUGCCAAAUAAUAUAUAUUGCUGAAAUUUAAAAUGUGUUCGACAUUUAUUAAAGUUUUUGUCGUUCUGAUGUGAUUGACUAGAAUUUUUUAUUGGAUUUGCAUAAAGAAUAAAUUCAUUCGAAUUUGAAUUUUAGUCUUUAAAAACGCUAAAUAUAUUAGUUUUUUUUUUAUAAUUUUGCAUCAAUAUACUUAUUUAAAUUUUAGAUGAAUUGUUAUUCAUUGUUCUAUAAUCAUUCAGUUUGCUAUAAAUUUUAAUUUCUUAUAGAAAAAAUAUAGUCUAAUUCAUAAAUAAUUCUUUUGCUAUAAAGUAGAAUAGUUUUGCAAAUACAGGGCAAAGUGAUGUAGAUUAUAAUGAUGCCACUUUGUUACAUUUGCUAAUGAGACCAUUGUCCUUUAUAAGGAUUGCUGUGUCAAUUAUUACUAUAAUACUAUAUACUAUAAUCAUUGCAUAUAAUCAUUUUUUACAACAUUUAUUCUUAUAUAACUACGUAUUCUAAGAAUAUAAAAUAUUUUAAACAAUAAUUAUUGUAUAUGAUCCUGAACAAGCUAUCCAGCAGUUUUUUUUAUUGAAAACAGAUACCUUUAUUAUGUAUUAAACUACUUUGAUUACCGUAAAAUACCUUCAAACUAUUUUGAGUAGCCAAAAAUGAAUGUGAUAGAAUAAAAGAUUUUCACUGAUUCAAUUAAAAAGUAAUAAUAAUAAUAAUAAUUUUUUUUUGUAAUGUUGGUCUUUGCCAAAUUAUUCUCGAGAAAAUGCGAAAAUAAAAGAAUACUGAUAAAUUGCAGUGCCGGUAAACAUCUAUUAGAUAACUGAAUUAGCAUAUCAUACAUAAGUUACGACUACUGCCCACGCGUUCGUUCUAUACAAACGUGGGAGUUCUAUUUUAAACACGAAAUGGGGAUCAGCACAAAAUGCCGUUAAAAAAAUGACACAACCUUUUAAUGUAAGCAUCAGUAAAUUUAUUUAAUGCAAUAUGAUUUUUAUAAAAUAUAUACUUUUAUAUAUUUCUGAAAUGUAAUAAACGUUAUUUCAUGUAUAUAUA